GAAGCCCAAGCCGGUCAGGUUAGUAGACGGAGUGAGAUUGUAAAUGUCUGCGGAAGCUGUGGAGAAACGUUCCUUCGGGAUAGCAGCAGCUGAGGCGGAAUCUGCGGCCCUGAUAGAACAAGAUGUAGCGCGCGGCCUGGAGAACUUUCCUGUGCGAGUGUGGCCUCUGGGGGCGGGGCCCAGACCUAAGCCUUUCCAGUAUACUCCUGAUCAUGUGGCUGGGCCUGGAGCAGACAUCGACCCCACACAGAUAACCUUCCCUGGGUGUGCUUGUGUCAAAACUCCGUGUCUCCCUGGCACUUGCUCCUGUCUCCGCCAUGAGAACAACUAUGAUGACAAUCUGUGCCUCAGAGACAUAGGGUUGGAAGUAAAGUACGCCAAACCAGUUUUCGAAUGCAAUGUCCUCUGCCCUUGCGGUGAACACUGUAGAAACAGGGUGGUCCAGAAUGGCCUGCAGUUCUGUCUCCAGGUGUUCCAAACAGAUAAAAAGGGCUGGGGACUUCAGACCUUGGAACCUAUACCCAAGGGAAGAUUUGUCUGUGAGUAUGCUGGGGAGAUUUUAGGGUACUCUGAAGUACAGAGAAGAAUUCACCUACAAACAACACAUGACCCGAAUUACAUCAUCGCCAUCAGGGAGCACAUUCAUAAUGGACAGGUCAUGGAAACUUUUGUUGACCCUACCUACAUAGGAAAUAUUGGGAGAUUCCUGAAUCAUUCUUGCGAACCAAACCUGUUGAUGAUUCCUGUCCGAAUUGACUCAAUGGUACCUAAGCUGGCACUUUUUGCAGCCAGAGAUAUUUUGCCAGGAGAAGAACUCUCUUAUGACUAUUCAGGAAGAUUCCUUAAUCAAAUAAGCAGAAAAGACAAAGAAAGGAAAGAUCAUGAACAACUGAGAAAGCCACAACUAAGAAAGCCUUGUUACUGUGGUGCCCCAUCAUGUGCCACCUUCUUGCCCUAUGACAGUUCACUAUACUGCCCCUUAGAAAAACCAGACACCAGUUAGGAAGGGAGGUCCUGCCUGCCAGCAUCUCUGUGAACAUAAACCAGAAGGAAUCAAGCAUUAAGUGACCAUCUGCAUCCUACUUCCUCUCUGGCAAACAACCUACCCUCAAGGGAAGUGUACCUUGUAUUCAGCAUCUUGCUCAUCCCUGUAAAAAGACCAGGUGUUGCCCAGCCCUACCUCUGCCAGGCUGCCUAAAUUCAACUCAAGAAUGUGGCCCAGGCUGUAAAAUGUUCAGCUGUACCCUUUCUCCAGAAUACUUGCUUUUAUAGUUAGAUGUGGGUAAAUGACUAUGUUCAAACUAGCAGGAUACAAGUGAAAAUAAUGAAUCAUUUUGUGUCAUCUUUGUAUUUCUUCUUGGAAACCAGAAUGCAUACUUGAUGGUUGAAGUUGGAGUAGCCAUCCAAAAUCCAAGAUGACCUUGGGAAAGGGUCAUACAGAGCAAAUCAACAAGCUACCUGUAACUAUAGAAAGUGCUGCUAGUCCUGACCAGUACUUGUAGGUGAGACCUAUGAUAUCGAGGCACCAUUGCCUUGCAUUUGAGUAAACCUGAUGAUUCGAGAAGACCUCAGCCUUGCUUUUUAGCCAGGUUUUUUUUUUUCAGUAAUAAAGCUGGUUUUUUAUGUCUA